AUGGCCUGUCAGCGCCUGGCAGAGCGACUGGCCUAUGGUGACGUCACUUCAGAGGCUCGCAAUGAGGACGGGUAAAAGCGACUAGAGAGAGAUGCUUUGUCAUGGAAGUGUCUUUUAAAAUUUCUAGCAAAAACGUCCAUCAAUUGCCGGAAAUAAAUAUAGGUACGCGAAAUAUAUGACACCGAAAGACUGAAAAAACACAAGUUAUCAGCCACAAGCUGUCGGAACCAAUGACAAUCGUCGGUGUUUUCGGUGCAAAAUUGGCACCAGACUAUAUUUUCUUCGAUACGGCGCUAGCGUUGUCCACACAUGACCUCAUAAUUGCAGUUCAUACCAGUAAAGAGGAUAGAAAAUCGGCAUAGAGCAGGUAAAACAGGCCAAAUGACGUACAGUUAAGACUAAUUCUACGUGAACAGAGGGUAGGAAAGAGGCAAUGAAACUCCGAUGACUUCUCUCAGGCAUCUGCAAAUCAACAAAUAGGUCCCGAUAGGUCUGCGCUCAAAAUCAGCGGACACAUCAAGUUCACCGAAGCAACCGACAUGUCGUUCCUAUUGAAUUCGAACCUGCCACAGCAGAAGCAAGGCUUGAGCACAGUCAACGCUCGAACUACCAAAGCUACGAGGUCACAUCGGAAGUCGUGGGUCAAGUUACCCACAUAACCUACUGCGACGCACAGAAUCCACCAAAUCCACUGAAUGCCCAAGCAGGAGUUCCUGGGAAACCAUUCUGGAAUCCACUAGGUAGCCAGUAGGCUUAAUUAAUAUGCGGGUAGGAUUGACUACAUAUGUGGACGUCAAAACGGCGCAGAAAAGCAGGAGCCGCCUGCAGUACGGGCGGUUUUCCGGCGACUUCCAGUAAAAUUAGGGUUUGGUUUAAGGUAAUGUUUGUAAGUAAGGUAAGGAUUAGGUUCAAGGCUAGAUUUCAGGUUAACGGUAAGGUAAGUCAGGACCAAGCUAAGGGUUAAGUGUGAACUGCAGAGUUGGGACCAAGAUUACGGCAACAGUUUAGUUUAGUAGUAGGGUUAGCGUUGGUGCCAGGACACGGGAUUAUUUCGUCCUUUCUAGCAUUAUGCCUAGGUUCACCCUUAUUACUUGAGCGGGGAGUUACUAUUUCCAUGUCGUGUUUAGAUGCCGACACAAACGAGUGUCUGCAGAUUUUAAAUAAUCUACUUUGGCCAUUUAAUCGCGCAAGCCUGGUAGUCAUCUGGUAGACUGCAGAUUAAUUUCGCUGACUGCCCGUUUACGAUCAAGGGAGAGAAAGCCGUUUUAUUUUGGAAGCAUUAUUUCAACAUUUUCAGCAAAGAAAUCCAUUCACAGUGGGUCUGCGAAACAAAUAACACCAGAGGAUCACAAGCGAUAACUGUCGAAAAAUGCAAUUGUCGACAUCAAGAAGAAUAGUCGGUGAGAGAAUUCCAAAAUUCGCGUCACAUUCAACUUCCUUCAAAAAGGUGCUGGCGUAGUGUGCGAAUGACCUCAUAAAUGUAGUUCGGACAAUCAAAGAAGGGAAAAAGUUCGUAUUUAACGAGUAAAUAGCCCAAUGCAUGUGCCUAUAGGAAAAUUCCCAUUUGAAUGGAGAGCCGAAGAUGGCGGCUCAGUUUAAAAGCCCGCCAAGGCGUGCUUUACAAGGGUCCUCUUAUGUCUCUUUAGGGAAUUGUUAUACAGCUCUGAAAAUCAUACAGGUUUGAGACAACUACUGUCUUUUAAAAGGGUACUUUAGGUUUCGUAACCGCCUGAUGGGUCUAUUACUGAAUUAUAACUGAACAGUGAUGAAACUUGGCGAUCCGCACAAACGCGUCUGAGGCCCUGAACUACCAACCGUAAACAGAUAACCGUCUGGGCAUAAACUGGAACGCGUCAAAAGUAAUCUGAUUUCAGACGUCACAUAGUCCGAUCGGUCAGUCGCCGAACUGACAGUUCGGAGAUUACAACCUGUAGAAUAUUCUACGUCGUUGAUCUCUGGCCAUGUUUUGUCCGACAGCAGUCAUGUUUGAGAGGGGGGGGGGGCUAGAAUGUGGCUACCGAAUCGCUGCUGCCUACAUGGCCAAAAAUGCGGUAGACAGUGAGUAAACUUACGCAGCAAAAACCCAAAAUGUCAUGAGACAUGUUCGAGAUCAUGACUCCAGCGGCAUACGCUGCCACGCUCCGACAUCGCCGGAAGCGCAUGUCAUGCAAACACUACUCAGGUUUUUAUAGGAGUCGUGGAUGGGGACAUGGUAAAUGCGCAAACUCGUGAAAUGUUAAUCGAAAUUCUGGAAUGUGUUUCCCACUCGAAAAGACUACUUACGUAGGGUUACAAUACUAAUCACCGUGCAGUAUAGGCCAUGAUACGUCUGUUACUUCAGCACUUCUUUUCGGUUGCCUGCAAAAACGGUUAAAGUUGACUGCUUAAGUAGUAUGCAUUUUCCUCAUCGACUUUUGAUGGCAUUAUAAAUUCAGAUAUAUUCCAUAGAAAACAGGCAUAAAAAUAUCCAUUCUCUUAAUCAUUUGGUGGAAAACUGCGUCGUACCUAGAUUUUAUACUUGAAGGAAGGGCGUAACUCAGUUUUAUGACCGGGGAAAACCACGAUUAUUUUUGCGUUCAGGGGAGACACCUUCAUCGCAUGUUCAUUUCGAAGAACGGGGACUUCAGGCAGAUCUGACCUACUUGCUAGGCCGGUGGUUGUCCAAUUUAUCAGAAGCCUAAAUUGUGAUGUUUGCCUUUGUUAGAGGGGCAAUAAUUAAUAUUAAUUGUUAAUAAAGGUAACUUAGUACUGUGAUUUAUAAGUAUGCUUUUUGUAUUUCUAUCACUUCGUCACCAAGCAGUGUACGCUAUCCCACUUGUACUGUCCUCAAGCGGAGUGAAGCAGGGCUGUGUGCUGGCGCCUACCCUCUUCAGUCUCAUGUUCUCAGUCAUGCUGAUGGACGCCUACCGCGACGAACGCCCUGGAACCCGCAUCGCCUAUAGAACGGACGGUCAUCUCCUGAAUCACCGGCGCAUGAACUUCCAAUCGCGUGUAUCCACAGCCACCGUGCACAAACUCCUCUUCGCCGACGACCGCGCCCUGAACACCACCUCAGAAGUGGAGAUGCAACGGAGCAUGGACCUAUUCUCCGCCGCCUGCGAGAACUUUGAGCUGGUUAUCAACACGCAGAAGACGGUGGUGAUGCAUCAGCCGCCUCCGAGCUCAGCCACAGCCCCCAACGCGCCGCAAAUCAACGUGAAUGGGACUCAACUGCAAGUGGUAGAGAACUUCCCGUACCUGGGCAGCACGCUCUCCCGCAACACCAAGAUCGACGACGAAGUCGCCAACAGGAUCUCGAAAGCCAGUCAAGCCUUCGGUCGCCUCCAAAGCACAGUUUGGAAUCGUCACGGUCUCCAACUGAGCACAAAGCUGAAGAUGUACAAGGCCGUCACCCUGCCGACGCUACUGUACGGAGCGGAGACCUGA